UUGUGUGGUUUAUCAAUGGUGAAGCUAACAAUGCAUAAUGCUCCAUCUGAUGAGGCAUACUUUACAUGCCGAGCCAAGGAGCUAGAGAAGUCUGACCCUGACCAAGCCAGGGCAUGGAUGCUGGUGGCUAAAACACUAUUUCCCAGAAGCUUUGCCAUCCAGUUUGAGUCUUACCGGCUGGACCGUGAGGCGCUGAGCAUCCGGGAGUCGGCAGCGCACUUAGAAAGGCUGUGCCGUGAGUUUCCGGACGAGCCGGCGCUCUGGGCCGAGAUGCGCGGCGUGGUGGACGCACUGCGCAGUGAAGAGACCGACAGUCAGAGCCGCUUCCUGCGCCAGGUGUUCUGUCACCUGUCUACCGAGCUGCAGCACAGGGCGCUGUCCGUGAUCGCCGACCGGAGCCGGGACACGCUGGAGCACUGUCAGCUGGUGCUGCUGCUGGUCAACAAGUUCCCACACAUGGUCAACGGGCACGGGACCAGAGUGGUGGAUCUGCUGCUGACAACGGAGAAGCACGCCCAUUUCAGCUCGCCGCUCAACAAGUACAGGAAGUUUCUCGUGUGUGACCUCCUGCCCAGCCUGCUCAGCUCCAAGGUGUCGGACCUGACCGCCAAACAGCUGACCCGUCUUUUCCUGCGCACGGUCGAGUUCUACGUCUGCUACGUGACGGCAGACAGCACCAAGAUACAGGGCACGGGCGCCGACGAGCCGGUCGAGCUGCGGCUGGCCGAUCCUUGGCAGGACAUGGCCACGCUCUGCCAACAGGCGGCCGCCAAGCUGCGCUGGCAGCUGGCCGACGUGUUCACGCAUAAACGGUCCCGGGACCUGGUGUGGCAGCAGCUGCACUCGUUCUAUCGGGAGCAGGCGCAGCUGACGCUGGCCUUCCUCACGGCCCUGCGGUGCUGGCGCCUACUCGCCCAGAACCCGCUGCUCGAGAAAGAACUGGCCCGGGUCUGGCAGUCGUUGAACGCCGACAGCUGGCCCUGGUUCCAGUCGUUCGUGACGGACACGCACCUGUACGACGGCGCGCUGCAGCAGCUGCUGGCGGGCGAGCUGUGUCUGCACGUUCUGACGGGGCCGCUGCUGCCGGCCGCGCCCGGCGACCCGGCCAAGUCACAGGUGGUGGCCCAGUGCACCCAGCCGCGCCACCUGCACUUCCUCAGCUACACGCAGGCUGACGUGAGCAAGUACUGCAUCAAAAUGCUCACCCUUUGCCUCCAGCAGAAGGUGCUGAGCUCGACCACGUUCCACGACAGCGCGGUGGGUCACCUGAUGGUGCUGCUCCAGCACGACUGGCCUACCGAAGAGGCCGCCUUCUCUAAGCUCGUGCAGCUAGUCCAGCAGCGGGGCACCUUCAGCUACCCGCAGUUCGUGCAGUACGUCACCUGCCCGGACAUGGUGGAGGAGUUUGUCUACCUGAGCACCGAGUACGGCGGUGGACUGACCUUCAACCUGGUGCCGGCGCAGCAACCCAGGCAGCGGACCAUGGCGACGCGUGGCGUCGACAAGGGCGCCCGGGAGGAGUUCCGCCAGGCGAUGCUGCUGCAGAUCCGGCGGCCCGAGGCACCGCUGGCCGUCAUCGGUCAGUUCCUGUCGGCCGAGAAGGACGACAUCCUGCGCUGUCUGCGGUGACCGACGCCCGGUCGGUCGCCCCAUGUCUCGUCCGUGCCGGGCUGCGUGGCCUCGCUUCGUCACAGGCCGACUGAGCGAGGCGGCGCGACGAGUGGGCACGCGCUAAACCGACGCUCCCUCACCCACUGCAGCCAUCCUCGUGUGAACGGCAUCUCCUGCUGUUAGUGGGGCCGGCCACCUUCGCAUGGCUGGUGCGCGCGCGCCGACGGCGGCGGCGUCCGUCGGCCUCAUCUGCCAAACCCAGGCGCCACGUGGGCCACCGGGCUCGGCUGCGUGUGCUCCCUUGGGAGUGUGCCUCGGCUGCUGUUGUGUUGUCGGCGCUGUCUGGUCAGCGAAAUGCGCGAGUGUAUGUUUUGAAGUGUCACAAACCUGACAGACUUCCGAU